GAGCGCGGGCAGCCUGGGCGGGCCGAGGUCGCGGGGCGCUCGGCGGGCACCAGCCAUGGGGUGUAGUGAGGUGAGGGCACUGCUCUGGAGAGUCGGCCUCUUCCUCCCCCUGCUGACAGCGCGCCCCGCCGCCGGGCACGUCGCCAGCAACCACGUUGUGUUACUUGAUACUACAACUGCCCUCGGAGAACUGGGAUGGAAAACAUUUCCAUUAAAUGGGUGGGAUGCCAUAACUGAGAUGGAUGAGCACAACCGACCCAUUCACACGUACCAGGUGUGCAAUGUGAUGGAACCCAACCAGAACAACUGGCUGCAAACCACCUGGGUGUCCCGCGACGCCGCGCAGAAAAUCUACGUGGAGAUGAAGUUCACCCUGAGGGACUGCAACAGCAUUCCCUGGGUGCUGGGCACCUGCAAGGAAACCUUCAAUCUCUACUACAUGGAGUCAGAUGAGCCUCAUGGAGUAAAAUUCAAGCCAAACCAGUACACUAAAAUUGAUACCAUAGCUGCUGAUGAGAGCUUUACCCAGAUGGACUUGGGCGACCGCAUCCUCAAGCUCAACACGGAGGUUCGUGAAGUGGGGCCGAUCAGCAAGAAGGGGUUUUACCUUGCUUUUCAGGACAUUGGAGCUUGCAUUGCCUUGGUGUCAGUCCGUGUCUAUUACAAGAAGUGCCCUUUCACGGUCAGGAAUCUGGCCAUGUUUCCUGACACCAUUCCCAGGGUGGAUUCUUCCUCGCUGGUGGAAGUGCGGGGCUCCUGCGUGAAGAGCGCGGAGGAACGGGACACCCCAAAAUUGUACUGUGGGGCAGAUGGGGAUUGGCUGGUGCCUCUGGGACGAUGCAUCUGCACUGUGGGAUAUGAAGAGCUGGAUGGUUCCUGCCAUGCUUGCAGGCCUGGAUUCUAUAAAGCAUUUGCUGGAAACGUGAAGUGCUCCAAGUGCCCUCCACACAGUUUGACUCACACAGAAGCAACUUCUGUCUGUCAGUGUGAGAAAGGUUAUUUCAGAGCUGAGAAGGACCCCCCAACUAUGGCAUGUACCCGGCCACCCUCUGCCCCGAGGAACGUGGUGUUUAACAUCAACGAGACCGCCCUGAUGCUGGAGUGGAGCCCCCCGAGCGACACGGGCGGGAGGAAGGACCUGACCUACAGCGUGGCGUGCAAGAAGUGCGGCUCGGGCGCGGGCCGGUGCGAGGCCUGCGGCGGCGGCCUGCGCUUCGUGCCGCGCCACAGCGGCCUCACCAACGCCUCCGUCACCGUGCUCGACUUCGUGGCCCACGCCAACUACACCUUCGAGAUCGAGGCCACCAACGGCGUCUCCGAGCUCAGCUUCUCCCCCAAGCAGUUCACGGCCAUCACCGUCACCACUGACCAGGACGCACCCACCUUGAUAGGUAUGGUAAGGAAGGACUGGGCUUCCCAAAACAGCAUUGCCCUCUCCUGGCAAGAGCCGGACUUUCCCCAUGGAGCAAUUCUGGACUACGAGAUCAAGUACUAUGAGAAAGAGCAUGAGCAGCUCAGCUAUUCCUCCACAAGGUCCAAGGCUCCAAGUGUUAUCAUCACAGGUCUCAAGCCAGCCACCAAGUACAUAUUUCAUAUCAGAGUCAGGACGGCAGCAGGAUACAGCGGCUAUAGCCAGAAGUUUGAAUUUGAAACUGGAGAUGAAACUUCUGAUAUGGCUGCAGAGCAGGGACAGAUUCUUGUAAUUGCCACCGCUGCUGUCGGUGGAUUCACUCUCCUGGUCAUCCUCACUUUGUUCUUCCUCAUCACUGGCAGAUGCCAGUGGUACAUAAAGGCCAAGAUGAAAUCUGAGGAGAAAAGAAGGGCUCAUUUGGCUCAAAAUGGACACUUACCUUUCCCAGGACUCAAAACCUACAUAGAUCCAGAUACAUAUGAAGACCCAUCCCUUGCUGUCCAUGAGUUUGCCAAGGAGAUUGAUCCUUCAAGAAUUCGUAUUGAAAGAGUCAUUGGGGCAGGGGAGUUUGGAGAAGUAUGCAGUGGGCGUCUGAAGACACCAGGAAAAAGAGAGAUCCCUGUUGCCAUUAAAACCCUAAAGGGGGGCUACAUGGACAGGCAGAGGAGAGAUUUCCUGAGGGAGGCCAGUAUCAUGGGGCAGUUUGAUCACCCCAAUAUCAUUCGCCUUGAAGGAGUUGUUACAAAAAGAUCCUUUCCGACCAUUGGGGUGAAGUCUCUUUCGAGGUUCCUGAGGGCAGGAUUUUUAAAUAGCAUCCUGGCCUCACAUCCAGUGGCAGGGGGUGGAUCUUUACCCCCCAGCAUUUCCUCUGGCAGACCAGUAAUGAUUGUAGUUGAAUACAUGGAGAACGGAUCCCUUGACUCCUUCCUGCGGAAGCACGAUGGGCACUUCACAGUGAUCCAGCUGGUGGGGAUGCUGCGGGGGAUCGCCUCUGGCAUGAAGUACCUGUCGGACAUGGGCUACGUGCACCGCGACCUGGCCGCCCGCAACAUCCUGGUCAACAGCAACCUCAUGUGCAAAGUCUCCGAUUUUGGCUUGUCACGGGUGCUGGAGGAUGACCCCGAAGCUGCCUACACCACAAGUGGUGGGAAGAUCCCCAUCAGGUGGACUGCUCCCGAAGCCAUCGCUUACCGCAAGUUCUCCUCCGCCAGCGACGCCUGGAGCUACGGGAUUGUCAUGUGGGAGGUGAUGUCCUAUGGAGAGAGGCCCUACUGGGAGAUGUCCAACCAGGAUGUCAUUCUGUCCAUUGAAGAGGGCUACAGGCUUCCAGCUCCCAUGGGCUGCCCAGCUUCUCUCCACCAACUCAUGCUUCACUGCUGGCAGAAGGAGAGGAACCACCGUCCCAAAUUCAGUGACAUUGUCAACUUCCUAGACAAGCUGAUCCGCAACCCCAGCACCCUUCAUACCCUAGUGGAGGAUGUACUUGUAAUGCCAGAUUCACCUGGUGAAGUUCCAGAAUAUCCUUUGUUUGUUUCAGUCAGUGACUGGCUGGAUUCCAUAAAAAUGGGUCAGUAUAAAAAUAACUUCAUGGCAGCAGGUUUCACAACUUUGGAUAUGGUUUCAAGAAUGACUAUUGAUGACAUUAGAAGAAUUGGAGUUGCACUCAUUGGACACCAGAGACGAAUAGUCAGCAGUUUACAGACUUUGCGGUUACACAUGAUGCACAUACAGGAGAAAGGAUUUCAUGUAUGAAAGUAAUAGAAGCAACUGUGUUUUGUGCCUCAGCAUUUCUAAAAUGGAAAAAUAUUCUCAUUCUUCCCUCCUGCUCUUCCCAACUUUGAGACCUGCAGUCUCCAGUUCAGACUAUACAAGUACUUCUAUGUUAAUGCUUCCAAACGGGAAUUUUUAAUCGCACUGCACAGCUCCUCCACCAGUUCUCUGCCGAUAAAAUCCUUGGCCUACUGCAAGACUCUUGCUACACAUUGAUGAAUAACUCAGCAUGGAUGUGUAACUUUGUAUAACAGUAUUUGGGAGACUUUCAUGGACUUACUUGAAAGUAGUAAUCUAUUUGGCCUGGUGUGGCUUCUUUAUCGAUGUAUUUAGAAUUUGCUGGUAGAUCAAAAAGUAUUUGACUUCUUUCAUGUUCUGUGACCAUGUAACUUCCAACACCAAAUGUGCAAUCAAAAAGAAGUUUAACAUAAAUAUUUAUUUUAUUUCUUAAUUAAAUGCAAAUGUAUGUGUCCUAUCAUUAUAUUACUUUCUAAUAGUUUGAAUGCUGGUAAGCUGGUGCCUCAAAACAUUAGUAUUGUUUGCAGAAAUGACUGAUGAUUUUAUGUAGCGAGUUUUCAUUGUGUGAAUAAUUGGAAGCAUAGUGAGAGUAAUCUGUCUGAAAUCUUAAGGAAGGUUCUUGAUUUUCAAUUACUUUAGCACUCGACACUUUUUAUGCUUUAAAUUUUAGAUUAGGAUGAAAAAGUUUUUUAUCCUUGGGAUUCCUCCCCAGCCUUUUUGUUUUGGUUUUUUUAAUGUAAUACUCAGCAUUUGCUUCGACUACAGAAAAAAAUGGUUGUAGCAUACCCAUGACCACAUGUAAAACACAGUUAUCAUCUCUGUUGUGGACAUACCUUUCUGUUUCAAACACACAAGUCUCUGCUGUUGGAUAGGGAAUCAUCUCCAGCAGCAGCAGCAGAGCUCAGGGCCAGCCAUGGGUGGGGUGAUGGGAUCAUUCCCAUGAGAGCAGGCUUGGCCAUCUCCUCCUCCAGCCGAGGGCAGGGGUGCAGCCCUGCUGCUGCUGGGAGUUACAGGCUGCAGGAUGCAGUGACCUUACACAAAGGCAGAAAAGGAGAUGCAGGACAGCAGUGUGCUAACAUGUUGCCUUGAGUCUACUUCUAACUCUGCUGAAAUGGAGCUCUGGUCAUUCCAAGCCAGAUCUCUAAAGGACAUCCGAGGUAUUACCUUUAGAACCCUUCAAUAGCCAUAUUUACAUGCAAGAAAACGUCAGCAAAGGCCUAACAUCAUAUUUGUACCUCUCUAAGACUUCCAGCUUCCAUGUUUUGUUCAGACAACUGACACAGACAUGCUGGGCUACAUUUCCAAACUUUUGCAUGGGAUAUGCACUCCUGGGAGCAGGGGCAGGACUACAGAUCUACAAUGCAUGUCACAUGUAACCCUGUGCAGACACUUCUCUUCAUUCUGUGUCGUUUGGAGGGUAUUUUGAGUUCUGUGGCAUUCCAAUAUACUCAAGCAUUACAGCUCUUCUGUUCAAAUGUGCAUUUGGGUAAUUAGUAUAAUCUAUGUGUAUAUCAAAAGGAUCUAACUACUUUGUAUAAUCAUAAUGGUAUUUACUGCUUCAUUUACAGCUUGUAAAUCACAAGGUAUUUCCUAAGUCUUGGGAAAGGCUGCCAUUGUGUAUUAGUGACAAAGAAUGAAAAUCAGAAAGCAACUCAGAAAAGAUUAUGCUUCCAACCAGAUCACAGAGUAAGACACAUGAGGCCUGAUUCACUGUUGUCAAUUUGUGUUGGAAUAAUUGCAUUCAUUUAGGUGAGAUAACAGUAACACACUAAAUUUUUAUUUCUUUCAUUAAAAAAAAAAAAGGGGGCAGAUGUAACUGAGGAAGCUUUCUAAAGAUCAGGAGUCACUGGUGUUCUACAAUGCCAAUCUGAUGACCUUGUUUAAAGAAGGGCAGCUUCAGUUCUAUUGUAGCUCCAAAGGUAAUUUUGUCAGCAGGAGUAUUCCCACUGAACUCAUCAGUCUGGCACAAGGACGUGAGUUUUGCAGGAUCACAGCCCUUCAGUUUGUUUUUUUUCUUUCACUGUCACUUGAAAAAUUCUGCCUGAAUUCCACAUCUGAAUAAUUUUUUGGUAGAGGUGCUCUUACAGAAAGAAAAUCAUACUUACCUGAAGCCUUUCUAAAAAUACCAACACACCACAGAGUAAUUUAAAAGUGGAUUUUGUUUCAUCAUUUUAUUAUCCAUUUUGCCUAUCAUCGCUUCCAUGGCCAACAACAGGACAUCUGUGGAAUGAGCCCUUCUCACAAUUAAAUCCAUUACUGAGGAGGUAUGAGUCUGUUAUUUGCUAAUGGGGUUUCAAAAUCAUUCAUAGCUGACCCAAACCAUGUAUGUGCACUUGGAUAUUGUCUUCUGCUAGUUUUUUUUGUUCCUGGUAGUGAGGAUGCAGAAUUCACAUUGUAACAUGCACACAAU